CCGGUGCGCGCUGCCUGGCGGCUCCGGCCCGGCCGUGGGCGCGGCGGGCGAGGGGGAGCGGCGGGGGCAUGUGGAUGUUGGCCGUCGCCUUGCUCCACAGCAUCUCGCAUGUUUUCAGUGAAGAUCUACACGCCAGUCUAUACUUUGUCAAUGCAUCUCUGCAAGAGGUAGUGUUUGCUAGCACCACAGGGACAUUGGUACCCUGUCCAGCAGCAGGGAUCCCCCCGGUGACACUCAGAUGGUACCUAGCAACAGGCGAGGAGAUCUACGAUGUCCCAGGGAUCCGCCACGUUCACCCCAAUGGCACUCUCCAAAUUUUCCCCUUCCCUCCUUCAAGCUUUAAUAACUUAAUCCAUGAUAACACUUACUAUUGCACAGCUGAAAAUCCUUCAGGGAAAAUCAGAAGUCAGGAUGUUCACAUUAAGGCCGUUUUACGGGAACCCUAUACAGUCCGUGUGGAGGACCAGAAAGCCAUGAGAGGCAAUGUAGCAGUGUUCAAGUGCAUUAUCCCCUCCUCUGUGGAGGCAUACAUCACUGUUGUCUCAUGGGAGAAAGACACAGUCUCGCUUGUCUCAGGACCUAGAUUUCUCAUCACAUCCACGGGAGCCUUGUAUAUUUUAGACGUACAGAAUGAAGACGGACUGUACAACUAUCGAUGUAUCACAAGGCACAGAUACACUGGAGAAACACGACAAAGCAACAGUGCAAGACUUUUUGUAUCAGAUCCAGCGAAUUCAGCUCCAUCUAUUCUAGAUGGGUUUGACCACCGUAAAGCCAUGGCAGGACAGCGAGUGGAGCUGCCUUGCAAAGCAUCAGGGCACCCCACACCAAAGUAUCGUUGGCUGAAGGACAACGUUCCCUGGGAGCCUGACAGCAGAUUUCGGCAGACAGUUACAGGUCUGCUGAUAGAGAACACGCGUCCCUCAGACUCAGGCAACUAUGUCUGCGAGGUGUGGAACAACUAUGGUACUGCUGAGAUGAUAGGGCGGCUAUAUGUAAAACAACCACUAAAAGCCACAAUCAGCCCACGAAAAGUGAAAAGCAGUGUUGGUAGUCAAGUGUCCUUGUCCUGCAGUGUGACAGGAACAGAGGACCAGGAGCUCUCAUGGUACCGUAAUGGUGAAAUCAUCAACCCUGGUAACAAUGUUCGGAUCACUGGGAUCAACCGGGAGAACCUUAUUAUGGAUGGCAUGGCUAAGAGUGAUGGUGGAGCAUACCAGUGCUUUGUGCGCAAGGACAAGAUGUCCGCUCAAGACUAUGUUCAAGUAAUAUUAGAAGAUGGAACUCCCAAAAUCAUUUCUGCCUUCAGUGAGAAAGUGGUGAGUCCAGGCGAGCCAGUCUCCCUUAUGUGCAAUGUGAAGGGGACCCCCCUGCCUACCAUCACUUGGACACUGGAUGAAGAUCCCAUUGUGAAGGAUGGCAGUCAUCGUAUCAGCCAGAUUAUCACCUCUGAAGGGAAUGUGGUCAGUUACCUGAACAUCUCUAACACUCAGGUCCGAGAUGGUGGAGUUUAUCGCUGUACUGCCAACAACUCUGCUGGAGUCGUCCUGUACCAGGCUCGAAUAAACGUAAGAGGGCCAGCAAGCAUUCGACCAAUGAAAAACAUCACAGCAAUAGCGGGACGGGACACCUACAUCCACUGCCGUGUAAUAGGCUAUCCGUAUUACUCCAUCAAGUGGUACAAGAACUCUAACCUGCUACCCUUUAACCAUCGCCAAGUGGCUUUUGAGAACAAUGGGACACUGAAGCUUUCAGAUGUGCAGAAGGAGGUAGAUGAGGGGGAAUACACAUGUAAUGUCCUCGUUCAGCCCCAGUUGUCCACCAGCCAGAGCGUUCAUGUGACAGUGAAAGUUCCUCCAUUUAUUCAGCCUUUUGAGUUCCCGAGGUUCUCCAUUGGGCAGCGGGUCUUCAUUCCCUGUGUGGUUGUCUCUGGAGAUCUGCCCAUCACCAUCACCUGGCAGAAGGACGGCAGGCCCAUCCCAGCCAGCCUCGGGGUGACCAUUGACAACAUCGACUUCACCAGCUCCUUACGGAUUUCUAAUCUUUCACUGAUGCACAAUGGGAAUUAUACCUGUAUUGCUAGAAAUGAUGCAGCAGCUGUGGAGCACCAAAGCCAAUUAAUUGUGAGAGUGCCCCCUAGGUUUGUGGUUCAGCCAAGUGACCAGGAUGGGAUAUAUGGAAAAGCUGUAAUUCUCAACUGCUCUGCAGAGGGUUAUCCUGUUCCUACCAUUGUCUGGAAGUACUCGAAAGGUGCCGGGGUUCCUCAGUUCCAGCCAAUUGCACUGAACGGUCGUAUCCAGCUUCUCACAAAUGGCUCCUUGCUGAUUAAACAUGUGCUAGAAGAAGACAGUGGAUACUACCUCUGCAAGGUCAGCAAUGAUGUGGGAGCAGACGUCAGCAAGUCCAUGUACCUCACUGUUAAAAUUCCGGCUAUGAUAACUUCCUAUCCAAACACCACCCUGGCAACGCAAGGUCAAAAGAAGGAGAUGAGCUGCACAGCACACGGAGAGAAACCCAUCAUAGUACGCUGGGAGAAAGAGGACCGAAUCAUUAACCCUGAAAUGUCCCGUUACCUUGUUUCCACCAAGGAAGUUGGAGACGAAGUGAUCUCUACUCUACAGAUUUUGCCAACUGUGCGUGAAGAUUCUGGCUUCUUUUCCUGCCAUGCCAUCAAUUCUUACGGAGAGGAUCGUGGAAUAAUUCAGCUCACUGUGCAAGAGCCCCCUGACCCUCCUGAGAUAGAAAUCCGAGAGGUGAGAGCACGCAGCAUUGCCCUCAGGUGGACCAUGGGAUUUGAUGGAAACAGCCCUAUCACUGGCUAUGAUAUUGAAUGCAAGAACAAAUCAGACUCUUGGGAUUCUGUUCAGAGAACCAAAGAUGUUUCUCCUCAACUUAACCAAGCUACUAUAAUUGACCUCCAUCCUUCCUCAACUUACAACAUCCGCAUGUAUGCCAAGAAUCGCAUUGGCAAGAGUGAGGCCAGCAAUGAGCUCACCAUCACGACAGAUGAAGCAGCUCCUGAUGGUCCACCUCAGGAUGUUCAGCUUGAGCCUAUAUCUUCACAAAGCAUUAGGGUCACCUGGAAGGCUCCAAAGAAGCACCUGCAGAAUGGAAUUAUUCGUGGAUACCAGAUAGGUUAUCGGGAGUACAGCGCAGGUGGCAAUUUCCAGUUCAACAUUAUCAGUAUUGAUACCACAGGGGACAGCGAAGUUUAUACCCUGAAUAAUCUGAAGAAAUUCACCCAAUAUGGCAUGGUAGUUCAAGCUUGUAACCGGGCUGGAAUAGGACCUUCUUCUCAGGAAAUCAUCACCACUACUCUUGAGGAUGUGCCCAGCUGCCCUCCAGGGAAUGUGCAAGCCACUGCCACAUCACCAGAAACCAUUUCUAUUUCUUGGUCAACACUGGCAAAAGAAACUCUCAAUGGGAUUCUGCAAGGAUUCAGGGUUAUCUACUGGGCCAAUCUCUUGGAUGGAGAGCUAGGAGAAAUAAGGAAUGUCACUACUACACAGCCAUCUCUAGAGCUUGAUGGUCUGGAAAAAUACACCAACUACAGCAUUCAGGUGUUGGCUUUCACACGAGCUGGAGAUGGAGUGAGAAGUGAACAAAUUUUCACCCGCACUAAAGAAGACGUUCCAGGCCCUCCUGCUGGCGUUAAAGCAGCUGCAUCUUCAGCCUCCACUGUCUUCGUGUCCUGGCUCCCUCCCCUCAAGCUCAACGGCAUCAUCCGGAAAUACACCGUGUUCUGCUCGCACCCCUACCCCACGGUAAUCAGCGAGUUUGAAGCCUCUCCCGACUCAUUUUCCUACAGAAUCCCCAACCUGAGUCGGAAUCGCCAGUACAGCGUCUGGGUGGUAGCAGUGACUGCUGCAGGAAGAGGCAACAGCAGCGAGAUUAUCACGGUAGAGCCACUAGCGAAAGCUCCUGCCAGGAUUUUGACGUUCAGCGGCACAGUGACAACUCCCUGGAUGAAGGAUAUUGUUCUCCCUUGCAAAGCUGUUGGAGACCCAGCUCCAACAGUCAAAUGGAUGAAGGACAGUAACGGGACACCCAGUCUAGUGAUGAUUGAUGGGCGAAGAAGCAUCUUUAGCAAUGGCAGUUUUGUCAUCCGUACUGUGAAAGCGGAAGACUCUGGAUACUACAGCUGUGUGGCCAGUAACAACUGGGGAUCAGAUGAAAUAAUUUUGAAUUUGCAGGUACAAGUUCCACCAGACCAACCAAGACUUACUGUUUCCAAAACUACAUCUUCCUCUAUCACUCUUUCCUGGAUACCUGGAGACAAUGGUGGCAGUUCUAUCCGAGGUUAUAUUUUGCAGUACUCAGAAGAUAACAGUGAGCAGUGGGGCAGUUUUCCCAUUAGCCCUAGUGAGAGGUCCUACCGUUUAGAAACAUUGAAAUGUGGCACUUGGUACAAGUUUACUUUAACUGCACAGAAUGGAGUGGGACCAGGACGCAUCAGCGAGAUCAUUGAGGCCAAAACACUUGGAAAAGAGCCACAGUUUUCAAAGGAACAAGAGCUGUUUGCUAGUAUCAACACCACACGAGUGAGGCUGAACUUGAUUGGUUGGAAUGAUGGUGGCUGCCCUAUUACCUCUUUCACCCUGGAGUACCGGCCCUUUGGGACAACAGUCUGGACAACUGCUCAGCGGACAUCUCUGUCAAAGUCCUACAUUCUGUAUGACCUCCAAGAGGCAACCUGGUAUGAAUUGCAAAUGAGAGUGUGCAACAGCGCUGGCUGUGCAGAAAAACAAGCAAAAUUUGCAACGCUCAAUUAUGAUGGCAGUACAAUCCCUCCACUCAUUAAGUCAGUUGUGCAAAGUGAGGAGGGGCUGGCAACCAACGAAGGGCUAAAGAUGCUGGUGACCAUUUCCUGUAUAUUGGUUGGUGUCUUGCUGCUUUUUGUGAUGCUUCUGAUUGUGCGGAGAAGGAGGAGGGAGCAGAGGCUGAAGAGGCUGCGAGAUGCAAAGAGUUUGGCUGAAAUGCUCAUGAGCAAGAAUACCAGGACAUCAGACACACUUAACAAGCAGCAGCAAACACUGAGGAUGCACAUAGACAUUCCCAGAGCACAGCUUCUGAUUGAGGAGAGGGACACAAUGGAGACUAUUGAUGACAGAUCCACGGUUCUACUAACUGAUGCUGACUUUGGAGAGACAUCUAAGCAGAAGUCACUGACUGUCACCCAUACUGUACAUUACCAGUCUGUGUCACAAGCUACAGGACCACUGGUGGAUGUUUCUGAUGCCCGGCCAGGAACAAAUCCUACCACAAGGAGGAGUGCCAAAACUGGACCUACAGCUCGCAACCGCUAUGCUAGUCAGUGGACCCUCAACAGACCUCACCCCACCAUAUCAGCUCAUACCCUCACCACAGACUGGAGGCUGCCCACCCCCAGGCCAGCAGGAUCUGUGGACAAGGAAAGCGAUAGCUACAGUGUCAGCCCCUCACAGGACACAGAUCGAGCAAGAAGCAGCAUGGUCUCCACAGAAAGUGCCUCCUCAACAUAUGAAGAGCUAGCAAGAGCAUAUGAGCAUGCAAAAAUGGAAGAGCAGCUGAGACAUGCCAAGUUCACCAUUACAGAAUGCUUCAUAUCAGACACAUCGUCGGAGCAGCUCACGGCAGGGACUAACGACUACACAGACAGUCUGACCUCAAGCACGCCGUCAGAGUCGGGGAUUUGCAGGUUUACCGCAUCCCCUCCCAAACCUCAGGAUGGAGGGCGAGUGAUGAACAUGGCAGUUCCAAAGGCACAUCGGCCAGAACUUCUACACAUUACACACUGCUCUAUUUCUGCAAUUUGGAAUGCACAAUAUUUGGCUGCCUCAUGUUCUAGCUCACUUUAAGUCUUCUGAUAGACCUUUCCCUUCCAGUCAGCAGAUACUGCGGAUACACACUCAGGUUAGCAGUCAGAACUGCUUCUGACUUCUGUAUUUCUGCUCCUCUUUCCUGACAUUUAAUUUACAGAAACAAGAAUCAGUUUCAUGAAGUCAGCUCAGACAUGGGAGCUAAAAAUACCACGAUUAUGACAAGAAAAAGUAAUCACACUUUUAUAAAGAAAAAUAGAGUAAUUUUGCCUAAAGUUGUGGUAACUGGCAAAAAAAAAUGGGAAUGAUUGUGUUAUACUGAAUUGGAGACAUGCACCAGGACUUCAGAAAGAUCUGAAUAUUUGGCCUGGUUGUUCUUUUAUAACUCAGACAGCCAACAUAUAGUGCUGUAGUCUGUGUCCCUGUGUAUCAACAGAACUUACUGCACCACAAAAUCACAAAAUGACUGAGGUUGAAAGGGACCUCUGGAGGUCAUCUUGUCCAACUCCAUGCUCAAACAGGGCAUGUUUGAGCCACUUGCCUAGAACCACGUCCAGGUGGCUUUUGAGGGUCUCCAAGGAGGAGACUCCACAGCCUGUGGGCAGCUUGUGCCGGUGCUCCGUUACCUGCACAGUAAAGACAUGCUUCCUAGUGUUCGGUCGGUCCUCAAGAAAUCGGCACUCUGGGCAAUGAUCUCGACAUUAUGCUCUACUAGAUUCUUCCACAUCAAGAUUGAGGCACCCUGUCAUAUUAAUAUUCAGAGGUUUCAACAACUGUUCUUCUAAGUUUACCUGGGAGGUUGACAAAUGACUCAGUCCUUCAUCCUCCAAAGUUGUCAUUCAAAUACUGCAUUCAGAAACUGGGUGGGACAGAAAUUAGAAAGAAAUAUACACUGUUCCUACCUCCCACUGUGCCAAAGUCUGUAAUGUAAAAAAGUGGAAGAUAAUUGUAGAGGUUGAAAAAGUUUUCUAAUAUUGUUUUUCCUUCCUGUUUCAAAAAUAUUAACCACAAAUUGAGUUAUCAGAACAGUUAUUAUUAACUGCAAUAAACAUAGCAGUAGUAGAGUUUAUUAAAAAUAGAUUUCUUUUAUAACGUUAAAUCUUGGUAAUAGCCUCAGACAAGAAGCCUUUUUUUUUCUCCUCCUUUUACUAUUAAAUUAUUGGACUUACUAACUAGGCAAUCUUUUGACAUUUCUGUGCUUUCACAGUUAUAUCUGUAUCUCUUUGUGGACAGAUCACUUGCCAACAUCCUCCGGUAAUGGAAUUCAUUCUUAGAAGAAAUAUUUGCUGACCAGUGCUUGAACAGGAAAUAUCUAGAAAAUUUCAUCACGUCUUUUGAUGAAACUUGCCUACCUACUGUCAAAAAAUAAACAGAAGCUCAUUAUGACAAUUGCUCUUCCCUUCCUAUUUGGACACGCUAUUUAUUUAUGAACCUUGAAUGACAAACAACAUCUCAGAUACACUUUUAGAGAAGAGAUUUCAUUCACUGGGUGUAUCAGGCCAGAAGAUUUUAAAAUCCAUUUAAAGGUCCCCAAGAGUAAACUCUCAGACCUUCCUCUACAAAUGGCUGAAGGGAAUCAGCUGGAAAAGAAACUUACAUGGGGGUGUGGAAAAAAUGCAGGUGCAGACAUGCAAACAGAAAAAAAAAUUGAAACUGAUUCCACAGACAUGAAGAUGGCAAGAAAACUAUUACUUCAUGGGAAAGCUGAGUGCUUUCCUUUGUCCCUAGAACUGCACAAAGCAGGAACCCAAGUUUGCUAAGCCCUCACUCAAAGGGAAGCAUGUUCCUCUGGCAGUCCAAAUUUCUUCAUUUGAGCAUCUAAGUCAAGCAGCAUGAGUAUAGCCCUAAGCCUGCUGCACAUUUACUGGAAAAGACAUGAACAGUGAAGUUCUUUCAGUAUUAAGAUACUUUAAGAUACUUUAAUUAGCGUUACUGUCCCAGUUAACAAAUUUCUUGCUGCUCUGACUAAUCCUGCAGACUUUAAUGGCAACACCUUAGCUUAGAGACAAUCCUUAAGCUACAGAAUGAAAAUACUUUAUUGAAUAAUUGUUUAAAGGCAUCCCUUAAAUAGAGGCUGGACUUCAUCCGCGUUGCAUAAAUGCGGUUUUAAACAACUGAGAGCAAGGUAAACUUUAUGGUCAAUACACAAAUCUUCUUUUCUAGUACUCAAUCACUACAGCUAAAAUAAGCUGCUUAGUACAGUAAGGAAAAUAUGAAGAAUGUGACAAUAGAAAGAAAGCUCAACAUAUUUCCAAUGUAAGCUUUGUAAUCCGAGAUAAAAAGAUGUGAACUCUUCUCCACUGAUGUAUGAGUUGAAGGGUGAAGGAGUUAUUUCCCUCUUCCACAUGAUGAAGACAAACAUAACAUAGUUAGAGAAUCUAUUUAGAGACUUGCUUUCUAUGGAAAAGUUGCUGACAAUGCUCUAUAAGCCGCAGCAGUAACUGAAUUCGAUACAAACUCGGCCACUGGGGAUUCAGUAAUGGCUGGAACUCUUGACUCCAGGCCUCCAGCUUACCUUUUGCCUUCUUUUCCCAUGCACGUUAUAUUGUUCUGGAUUGACUGGAAAUAUAACUGUACAGUUCCAUAGUUUACUAAUCCCAAACUGAAUUUCUUGAAGAUAUGGGGGAAUCUACAUUUGACAUUUUCGUGCAGGAAUCCUGCAGCAAACUAUGAAAAUCAUAACAUAUGAGUUGUUUUCUUUUUUAGUUCCACCCUUGCACUGCCUGGUUGCAAAUGCAAAAGAAUAUAUAUUUAUAAAUGCACAUGUACACACCAUACAUAGUGUGUAUACAGAAUGAAGAAAUCAUCAGUAUGGUUCUACAGUGGGAGACUAAGGUCCAGUUCUGAGGAAACGAUAUAAGGAGAUAAAAUAGGCAAGUGGCAUAGCAGCAAGAUAGGCAGAGAUGCUGUUAAGUGAGAUAAUUAAUUCCAUGCCUAGAUUUAUAACUGUAGAAAAUAGAAUCAUAGAAUCACUAAGGAUGGAAAAAAAGCUUUAAAAUCAUCUAGUCCAACAGUCAACCUACCACCAAUAUUGCCCAGUAACCAUGU